AUGACUCGUAAGCGAAAUUUGACUUCGAUGGAAUUUUCAAAUUUCGGACGAGAGACUUCUGCUUCUACUUCUACUUCUAGCUCAACAACAGAGAAAGAGAAGGAGGUAGGUGGAUCUGAAGGUGGUGCCGGAGAAAUGUCGUCCGGCAGGUACAUGGCAUACUCACCGUCUCCUUCUGCCCCUCACUCUCCUCACAUCGGCGCUGCUGGCCUUCGCUCUGCCUCAUCUGCUGCCGCCGCACUCGUCGAGCAAGAAAAGUAUCUCACCGAAUUGCUGGCAGAACGUAACAAACUCAGUCCAUUUAUUUCUGUGCUCUCACAUUGUAACCGGUUGCUGAAACAGGAAAUAUUGCGUGUAACCACACUGUUGGGGAAUGCGUCAGUAUUAGAACAAAGUGGGCUUGUUGAACAUGCAAGCCCCCUGGCGUCAGGAGGAAUGUAUUCGAAUGGAGGAGCUAAUGUGAACAGAUGGGCAUCACCUUUUCAAUCAGAAAUGUCAGGUUUGGUGCAACCCUCCUCUGCACAAAACUGGCUUGGUUCCCAAGGUAGCUCAUCGGGUCUUAUUGUCAAGCAAACAAUGAGAGUCGAUAUUCCCGUGGAUCAGUAUCCUAAUUACAAUUUUGUUGGACGCCUCCUUGGUCCUAGAGGAAACUCUCUUAAGCGAGUGGAAGCAACUACAGAGUGUCGUGUUUUGAUCAGAGGGCGAGGCAGCAUCAAGGAUCCAGGAAGAGAAGAGAUGAUGAGGGGGAAACCAGGUUAUGAGCACCUGAAUGAACCUCUUCACAUACUUGUUGAGGCUGAAUUGCCAGUUGAGAUAAUUGAUGCUCGACUAAUGCAGGCUCGUGAGAUACUAGAGGAUUUGCUAAAGCCAAUGGAUGAAUCUCAAGAUUUCUACAAGAAGCAGCAGCUCCGGGAACUUGCGAUGAUAAAUGGUACACUUCGUGAAGAUGGCUCUCAAAUGUCUGGUUCUGUGUCCCCCUUCCACAACAGCCUCGGGAUGAAGAGAGCAAAAACUCGGGGGUAG